AUGCCCGUCCAUGGUAUAGGCAUCGACAUUCUCCACGUCCCCCGUCUGGUAGCCCUCAUCAAACGACGUGGCCUGUCCAAGCUCGCCUCGCGCAUACUCAGUCCAGUCGAACUAGGCGCUUUUCGCGCGCUGACAUGCCAGCCUGAGAGCGGCGGCGGCGGGACAUCCGUGGCGAACGAACGAGGUCUGGAGUCGAUCGUACGGUUUCUGGGUGUACGGUGGGCAGUCAAGGAAGCAGCGUACAAAGCUCUCUACCCGCUCCGACCGACAUGGAAAGAGCUCACAUAUACGUCUUUUGACAAUGCAACACCGGCAAGACUCCAUGUUUCUGCCAGUCAUGAUGGGGAGUAUAUCGUUGCGAGUGUAUUGGCUGAGUCGGGCUGA